CAUGCCCGUUGCUCGCAAUUGCGUUCUGUUGGGCGAGGGGAAAAGUCGCAGAAGAAAUUUUAUACCACACGAACGGAAUUUCCGUGGCCAAAUAACAACAAUCAGCCAGCAGUCCCGUCGCGCAGGAGUGAAUCAAAGCAGGAGGAUUCGGCCAGGAUAGCUUCAGGACAAUUCGGCUGCAUCCCAGAGCCUCCAGUUCCACUGGGUAGCUGAUUUCAGCUGGUGGUGGCGGUGGGUGGUGCUCUUAUCGGCCUGUGAUUUCUUCCAUGCCCGCUGCGAUAACAGCCAGGCGGACUUGCCUGUCCAGUGCAACACCAUGGGCUGCAUCACCAGCAGCAGCAAGUUAAACGAGCUGCGCGGUCAUGAGAAUGUGUUCCGAGUGCGAGUGGCUCAUCUGCAACCCACCCCGGGUACGCCCAUCAUCCGGAGUGGCUACCUGGAGCUAACGCCCCGGGAACUGAUAUUCCAGACGCCUGGCUGUGAGCCCAUUGUCUGGGCACUGCAGCACCUCCGACGCUAUGGCCUGAAUAACGAUCUCUUCUCCUUCGAAGCAGGGCGUAGGUGCAUGUCUGGGCCAGGCAUCUACACCUUUCGAGUCCACAAUGCCGAGCAGCUGUAUCCGAUGUUCCAGCGCUACAUCAACGCGGUGAAUACAGAUGCCUUUGUGCAGGGCGAACGAGAAAGAGUUAACUCCGCCCAUUCGGUGUCCGUGAAUAUGGGCCGAACUGAGGGCAAUAACUACCUAGAGCCGGCUCCCCUAAUGAGCCGCCAGCUAGGCAACUUUCACAGUGAGCCCUCGAGCACAAGUGCAUCGUAUCCGCUGCAGGCGAACGAUUCGCAAGUCGAUGACUCUCCGCCCAAUUUGCAAUCACCAGUCCUGAUACCCAGUGCCUAUUUGGAUCAGCCAUUGCGGGCUUUGCAGGACUGCUGUCUGGAAGGCACCGCCACGGAUUUGCUGUCCACCCCGCCCUCUGGCAAUAGGUUGACAUCACGAAGGCGCACGAUGGACCUGCCACCCCUGGAAUCGGCCCCAGCACCAGCUCCAGUUCUGAGUCCCAACGAUGCUGUGCACAUGUACGCCAAUGUGGAAGCUCUGAUCUUUGAUCUGAGCAAUGAGCGCUGCUAUGAGAACGUAAAUCGCUUGGAGCUCCCUCUGCUGCCGAGGGAACCAAUUUCCAAUCAAGAGCCGGCCACGCCCACCAGCUUGGCGGGCAGCUGCGGAGUAAACUAUAUAGUUCUUGAUCUUGAUCAGCCGCGAAGUCCCGUGGGACCGGCAGGUUCGCCAAAGGCGAUCAAUGGAUUUGGCAGCGGUUUAUCACUGAUCUCCACACCAGCACCUGUCACCGCGCCAGUAACUCCAGAGGCAGGUACUAUGUUGGACGUUCCCCCACCGCCCAUGCAGACCCAAAGCCUGAACAGCAUCUCUGCUGAUGCGGGAGAUACUCAGGCGAAGAAGGUAACACCAGAAUGUUCCGGGACCCAGGGCUAUUCAACCAUCGACUUCAUCCGCACUUACGCGUUGAACAAGUCGUCGACUGAACUGCCCGAAACAGUUACUCAUCGCCAGCACUCGUCGCACGAUGCCGAGGAGCUGAGAAUCACCAGGCACAGCAAGUGCAUACGAAAGGCCUACUCCAUAAGUGAGUGAAUUGGAGGCGGCAGGAAAAGGAUUGGUGGAGGUGACAACGAAGUGCACAACGAAUUUACAGAAAGCAUAAUGGCACCAGAUCGCUGGCGAAAUAGACCACAUAAGUUAUGGAUCUAACACCAGAUUUGUUUGUGCCAAAUCUGAGUACCAAAAAAAAGUAAGGAGGAGCUUUUGAAAGAAAAAUCAUAAUGCCGAGAAGUGGCUAAGUUCAGAAGUAAAGAGGACACCAGAUCACCAAGAAUGGAAGAACAGCCAGAUCGGAAAGAGUACAAAAGUAUAGAAACAGUGGCCACAAGAUUUGUUAAGGCCUAAUUGUUAAAUGCUCGAUUGAAAGGGAAUAAUGUUGACCAACUAUGUAGAUGAAAAUUCGAAACAUUAAGCGUACUAAAACACAUCCUGUGCAACUAGAAGGUUGAGCAGAUCAAAUGGAUGAUAGCUUGUUAAAAAAUAUCGAGAUUAACUACUAAAAUUAACCACACAUGGGAUCAAACAGGAUUUUAUUGAAGUAUUUGUUGAGUUUCCAAAUGACGUUUUAAGUUUUUUGCCGAGAAGAUUUCGUGAUGCUGGUACUUCUGAUUUUGAAAAGCAUACUUAAGAAGGAGCUAAGUAACUUUCCUACUAUUUUCAAUGGAUUUUCAAGGGAAUACGAUAUGGAGUAAAAAGCUAUGGAGGUUGAUGAGAACGUGUUGCACAACGAAUUUACUGCACGAGAUUGUGGUAAUGUGAAAUUUGAAGAGUGAUUUGUCCAAAGAUAUGUUUGCUUCCAACUACGCCAAGCUAAAACGCAAACGAUUAACAAUAUUAUAACCAGGUUGUUUUUUGUAGUCAGUACAAUAAAGUCACACAGCCAAAAACAAAACACAUAGACAUGAAUUGCAUACGUACAUAACUUGUAUUUAAGGAUAUUAACAAUAGCAUUACUUAGCGAUUAGUUGAUUUGUGUAAUUGCCAGCGGCUGUUUAGAGCUAGUCAUUUUUUGAUUUUUGUGCAUAUAAAUUAGUGAGCAACACGAAAGGCUUUUAACAUUAAAAUUGUACAUGGUAGAUACUUAAGAGUAGCUCAUAAGCACCAGAAGAUACAUCACCGACGUAUACGUGCGUUUGUUGUUGGCAAGGCUUUGAAGUUGUAUUUUGUUGCCAAAAAGGAAAAGAAAAAAAAACAAUGGUAGAAAGCAUCGCGUUGCAUUGUCCGCUGUGAGUUUAUAAUUUUUUACAUACAUAUAUAUAUCGCUGAAUUGUUAUUCAAUUUGUUAGGAGUUAUAUACACAUUCAUCGUUUCACACGAACGAGAAGAAAUGGAUGUUCUGCGGCAUAAACUAAAUUAUUGUUAGUGUCUAAGACGAAAUACGUGCAAUAAAGCUCAAAUGACCCUGUAA